ACCAAGUAGUUUUGAGGCAAAGAGAAUGGAGAAAAUGAAGGUUGAAGUCACCUCAAGAAAGACGAUCAAACCCUCCAUUCCAACCCCUCACCAUCUCAGAACUUUCAAUCUAUCUCUUUUAGAUCAAGAUGUUCCUGCAAUUCAUUAUGGGUCUGUCGUAUUUUUCUAUCCCUCAGACAAUACGGCUCCCAAUGUUCGCAGUAGUAUAUCACAAAAGUCUCAGUCCCUCAAAAACUCGCUGUCCAGAAUCCUACUUCAUUUCUACCCGCUUGCUGGUCAGGUCAAGGAUGCGGUAACCAUUGAGUGCAAUGAUCAAGGGGCUUGUUUCAUAGAAGCUAGAACGGGGUGCCAACUCAAUGAUUUUCUCACCCAUCCUGACCCUGGUUUUCUUAAGGAAUUGGUCCCAUCAACCGAUCCCAAAGCCAUCCGGUCGACCUUGGCCUGUAUCUUGCUUGUUCAACUCACCAGCUUUACAUGUGGAGGAACCGCUGUUGCAGUCUGCGUCUCCCACAAAUUCGCUGAUGCAUCGUCUUUGUGUACCUUCAUUCAGAGCUGGACUGCCAUGAGCAGCCGUGAAUAUGGCAGAGUAGUCGUGCCAAAAUUGGUUGGGGCGUCUUUGCUACCGCCUAUACAUAAACUCAUCACAUCCACUCCUCCGCCCACAACUCGAAACUGCACAACAAAGAGGUUUGUUUUCCAUAAAUCACAAAUAGCAAAUCUCAAAGCCAAAGUUGCUGCCACCAUGGGGAAGCAGCAGCGUCCCGCAAACGUAGAAAUCGUGUUGGCAAUCGUAUUGAGAUGCGCAUCUGCUGCUUCGCAAUCAAAAUAUGGGUCCUCCAGGCAGUCUGCCUUGCUCAACGUUGUAAAUCUGCGUAAAAGAAUGGUUCCGCCUUUACCUGGAAAUACUAUAGGAAAUCUGAUUUGGACAUAUCCAGUGCUGUUCCAAGAGAGUGAUGUGCAACUCCAUCAAAUAGUUGCUAAGAUGAAGGACGCCUUUACCAACGUUUGCAAUGACAAGUUGAAAACAAUUAAAAGCAAGAAAGGUCACACAGAAGUUCAGGAGUCUCGUAAACAGAUUGCACAGCUCCUGAAUGGCAAAUUAGUUGACACGAACACCUACACUUGUACGAACUUGUGCAGCUAUCCAUUGCAUGAAAUGGAUUUUGGAUGGGGAAAGCCAUUAUGGGUCACUAGUCCAAGUAAUUUCAAGAACUUGAUUGUGUUGCUAGAUUCCAAAUGGGGAGACAUAGAAGCUUGGGUGACCUUGGACGAGCUAGAAAUGGCCACAUUUGAGCGUGACCAAGAGUUACUUGCAGUUGCUUCCUCAAAUCCUAGUGCCCUUGUUAGUUACAGCCGCAUGUGAUCCAUGUCCAUAGCCAAGUAUCUCUUGUGUGUGUGUGGCAUUGGUUAUGGCAUCAGACAUCAGUGAAUAAAAAAAAAAAAGAAAACCAUAUAUAUGAAUAUGUAUUUUGUUUUUUGGUAUUUUCUUUUCACUUUUAUUUUUUUGAGUUAUGUAAGAGGUAGGAAAAAUAAAACUCGAAGAAUAAAGAUCUGCAUGCCUCUUAAAAUUUACCUUAACCUUUUGGUUGUUCUUCAUUCACA